AUGUCCUUCUCCAGCCAGCAGCUCAGCUCCCGCUGCUUCCCACCCUGCGAGGUCACCUGCCCGCAGCCAUAUGUCAACGCCUGCAACCAGCCCUGUGUCACCUCCUGCGGGGACUCCAGAGCCGUGGUCUACCCACCCCCCGUGGUCAUCACCUUCCCCGGCCCCAUCCUCAGCUCCUGCCCUCAGGAGAGCAUCGUGGGCACCUCCUCCCCCCUGGGGCUGGGCAGCUCCUUUGGCUAUGGGAGCUCCUUGAAUGCCCAGAGCUCCUUUGGUUCCAGCAGCUCCCUGGGUGGCAGGUUCUCCUACCCCUGCUAUUCCCGCAGGUACACGACUUACCGUCGUGGGAGCUGUGGGCCUUGCUAG